GCUGUCUUUUCAAAAUGGCUGCCAUCACAACAAGCACAUUUUAUGGAAAAAAGAAAGGUUCAUGCCCAUGUUGGAGGAAUGUGGAAUUACAUCAGCUGAUGAUUCCCUAUACCGAAGAGACUGGAGCCCACUGCAGUACUUCCAGCAGUACAUUGAUGAUCAGUUAAUUCGGGAUCUGUCUUUCUUCACCAACCAGCGCAUGGUACAGGAUUCAGGCUGUAGCUUUAACACAACACCAGAAGAGAUCAAGACCUUUUUAGGAAUCUCAGUGUACAUGGCAUGCCUCGGAUAUCCAAGAAUGAAAAUGUACUGGGCUGCCAAAACAAGAGUGCCAAUAAUAACUGACUCCAUGACACGAGAUCGUUUUUACAAGAUCAGAUCUUCACUCAAAGUUGUCAAUGAUCUGGAUGUGACAGAUGAUGAGAAGAAAAAGGAUCUACUUUGGAAAGUAAAACCAUUCUUGAAUAGAGUGCUCCAAGGUUGCCUCAGCCUACCUAGGCCAGCAAAGGUAUGCAUUGAUGAACAAAUGGUUCCCUUCACAGGCAGGUGUCCAGUUCGUCAGUAUGUUCCUGGCAAACCAAAUCCAACAGGAUUAAAGGUAUUUGUUCUUGCAACUCCAAGUGGCCUUGUGUUGGACUUUGAGACUUACCAGGGAAAGAGCACCUUCACUGAACACCAGCAAAUGGGAAUAGGUGCAAAUGCAGUCCUGCGUUUGACAGAGACAGUUCCCAGAGGAACACUGGUGUACUUUGAUCGGUAUUUUACUACCAUCAGACUUUUGGAGGCUCUUCUGGAAAGAGGCCUGCCUGCUACAGGAACAAUUCCUAAGAAUCGAAUUCCAAAAGAGUGUCACAUCACUGCUGACAAGGUCCUGAGCAAAAAAGGAAGAGGGUCAUCAGAAAUGAUUGUACGGAGACCUCAUGAAAUUGCACUCACCAAGUGGGUGGACAACAAACCUGUUGUAAUGGUAUCAACUGCCCAUGGUAUUGAGCCACAGGAUACCUGUUCCAGAUGGUCAAAAAAAGAAAACAAGCAAGUCCAAAUCCCAAGACCUGCAGUGGUAGCAGAAUAUAACAGAAACAUGGGGGGUGUUGACAUGUGUGAUCGCAUGCUCAGCUACUACAGAAUGUCCAGUCGCACCAAGAAGUGGACUGUUCGUACCAUGCUUCACUUCACUGAUUUGGCCAUCACCAACUCCUGGAUUCAAUACAGACAAGACAGUCAGACCUUGCAACGACCUGCAAAGAAAACCUCCCAGUACCUGGAGUUCAAACUUCUCUUGGCUGAAGAACUGAUAUCCCAGGCCCAAGUAGGUCAACGAGAUGACACUGACUCAAGUGAUCAAGAAUUCUUUCUGGAAAUCAAGAAAAGGAAGCCCCAUCCAGAUACAAGAAUAAGGAAAUAUGGUGCAAUUCAUUUGCCCCAAAUGCUCAACAUUCCAAAUGCUUCCAGAUGCAGAAUGCCUGGAUGCAAACGCAAAACCUUUGUGAGAUGCAUAAAAUGCAGCAUGUUCCUCUGUGUCUCCAAACAGUCAGAUUGUUUCAUGAAAUACCAUGUAGAGUCAAACAUCUAAUGAAAUUAUAAAGAAUUUUAGGUGAAGUUCAUGUUGUAGAUGUUCCAUUAUUCUGGGUUAACUACAUUUGCUGUUGUUUUUCUACAUGUAUUCUAUUUUCCUAGAUGAUUUCAGUGGAUAUUUCCAUAUACAUACUCGGCUCUUAAAAGUUUAACACUUGAGAACCAUGAAAUCCCAUUGUCCACUACAGUGGACAUGUUGUAAAAUUUUAAUAAAAAUAAGUUUUAACAUUU